AUGGGCAUGCAGUCCUCCUGGAAGGGCAUGUCACAUGGGCGUGGUACAGAGGGCGUGAUGUGCCGGCGACCAGCACAUCACGCCCACUACGGCGUGGUGGUAAGAGGCGAGAGGAGCCCCCCGUAUUCAAGUCCCCUUCGCCUCACCUGCCCUUCUCAUCCCCCACCUCCCCUUCGCCUCACCUGCCCUUCUCAUCCCCCACCUCCCCUUCGCCUCACCUGCCCUUCUCAUCCCCCACCUCCCCUUCGCCUCACCUGCCCUUCUCAUCCCCCACCUCCCCUUCGCCUCACCUGCCCUUCUCAUCCCCCACCUCCCCUUCGCCUCACCUGCCCUUCUCAUCCCCCACCUCCCCUUCGCCUCACCUGCCCUUCUCAUCCCCCACCUCCCCUUCGCCUCACCUGCCCUUCUCAUCCCCCACCUCCCCUUCGCCUCACCUGCCCUUCUCAUCCCCCACCUCCCCUUCGCCUCACCUGCCCUUCUCAUCCCCCACCUCCCCUUCGCCUCACCUUCCCUUCUCAUCCCCCACCUCCCCUUCGCCUCACCUGCCCUUCUCAUCCCCCACCUCCCCUUCGCCUCACCUGCCCUUCUCAUCCCCCACCUCCCCUUCGCCUCACCUGCCCUUCUCAUCCCCCACCUCCCCUUCGCCUCACCUGA